CGCUCUGGGCCGGCCCCGGACUAGUGAUGUUGCCUUGACGACGACGCACAGGGACGUUCAUGCGCAGGGACCUUACAGACCAGCUCACCCUUCCUUCCCACCGAGGGGAGUGAAAUGUCUGAAUGGUGGGGUCUCUGAUGGAAUUAAGUGUAUUUGUCCUGUGUUUACCCAGGGAGCUCAGUGUCAAACCAUCUUAGACAGCCUUGAAAUAGGAGCGAAUUUUGAAGCCAAAAUGGAGGCGACUUUAACAUUGAAUUACACUGGUAACCAAACCGAUUUUGAAAUGGAGUAUAAUGCCAUGAUGGAAUUAAUACUCAAUGAAACUAAUGGAUAUCACAAACUAACAAGUUAUAGGUUCGGUAAUGAUUUGGUGACCGCCACAAGUGAUGUAUUUGUUACGAUAGAAUAUAACAAUACGCUUGAGGUAUCCGAACAGUAUGAAGAAAAAUACUACGAGGUGGUGGCUGCUUUCAACAAGAAUAAGUGUAAAUCCCAGGAUCUGUGUAUUAAGAUCCCCACAAUCCAAGCUGUCCGUCCUCCCAGCAAAUAUGACAGAUGCGCAGAAAAAGUGUCAUCGAUGUAUUUGCAGUUCUUUGACCCUGUGGUUUCCAUUAAUGGCAUGUUGGCCUGUGUGUCCAGAUGUGUUCCCAGCUCACCUAAUUUCCUGAACUGCAAUGACGGCAAUUGUCAGAUCCGCGGAGAAGAAGGACCUCAGUGCUUUUGCCCAAGAACGGACAUAUACCUGUACACGUACCCCAGAUGUGGCGGAGCGGUGUCAAUAGCUGCAUUGUACGGGGGUGUGGGGGCUUCUAUCGGACUGUUGGUGAUUGUCGGUGUUGUCCUUGGAGUAGUCCUCUACAGAAGGAAAUAUUACUAAUAAAGUCCGUAGUUUGGACAUUUGCACCUUCUCAGUGGAUAAGAGAGUUCAUAUAGGUGGUAGACAAGGUUCUCCGGGCUCCGGAGUCACACUGGAUCGGCUGAAUUUCUCCUUGGAAGGUCAAUGAAGAAGAGGAAAGAUAAAAAAUCAUUUAGAACAAAUGUAAAAAGUUGAUAAAAAUGGCAAAUUAGGAUGAUAGGUAGAAAGAAAGGAAGAGCAGAACCAGAAACGUGGGCCUAGAAAUGGGGCUCUUUAUCUAGUAUAUAUCUAAUUUAUAUAUCUAUUUAUGACUGUCCGAUAAUCCAGAACAAAAGAUAAUCUGCGUCACCUCAGAUCCUGUUAACACCGGAACAAAGGAAUCUGACUGUAAUAGCAGCGGACUAUUCUAGAUCCAUCCUGAAACAUCAUUGUAUCAUGAAUCUAUAGAUAUAAUCAAUGUAAUAGCUGAGUAAAAUACACUGAUCCCUCAACUUACAAUGGCCUCAACAUAAAAUAUUUUCACCGUAUAAUGGUCUUUUCUGGACCAUUGUAACUUGAAACCAGACUCAACAUACAAUGUACAGACAGUCCAGAUCUGUGAAACUUGUCAAUGGCCAGAAGAACUGACCAAUCAGAAUGGGCAUUCACUGGUAAAAAAAAAACUGUAUUACUGAAGUGCAUGCACUGACUGGUGUCUGGUAGUGCCCCCUACAGUACAGGGAGGUAUUACAUGUUCUGUAUUACUCUUUAUCUGUAUUACUGAAGUGCAUGCACUGACUGGUGUCUGGUAGCGCCCCCUACAGUACAGGGAGGUACUACAUGUUCUGUACUCUUUACUUGUAUUACUGAUGUGCAUGCACUG